AUGAGGUCUCUAAAAUCCUACAACUGUGAGCAAUGUGGGAAUGAUUUUGUCAGCCGCACCGCCUUGAGGUAUCAUUUCCGAGCAAAACAUCUUGGAAAAGUUCACUGUGAGAAAUGUGGUAGGGAAGUUUUGAGAGAAACACUUCGGGACCAUGAAGCGGCCAACCAUGAAAAAAUGACUGCUGAAAAACAAGGGUGUUUCUGGGACAUGCCUCCAAAGAGGGAAGCAAAAUUUGUAGCCAUGGAAAUGUCUACCUCCUGCAGGAUGUGCCCAAGGCAGUUUGGAACAAUCCAUAGCAGGGAACACCAUGAGAAACAAGAUCAUCACUUCACAGCCAGCAAAAGAGCUCAAAUGGCCACUGGAUUUUCACCUGAUAAUAUCUUGGAUUAUAAAAAUCCAACAGAACUAAAGAGAUUUGUAGAAGAAAAGCUUCAACCCAUUCCAGGCCCUGCAAGCAUUGCCUGUGCAACAGAUAUUGAGGCAAUUAUUAAUUUGAUCAAGGAAUGCUUCCCAUUACCAAUAGCUCGGCUAAUCAAGGGAGGCUCAUAUAUAAAAGGAACUGAUACACAAGGCUGGUCUGAUGUUGAUAUAGUGCUAUUUAGUGAAGCCUUUGAAAAUCUAGAAGACUGCAAAAAGAAACUGCCAGAAGUUAUAGAUGAUCUUGGAAAAAGACUGAAGAAAUCUUCAUGGGCCAGCAGGAUAAUGAUGGAGAAAAGGACCCAGUCAUCCCUACGGUUUCAUUUCAAAUGCUAUAAGAAUCACCAUGGUCACUCGUUUGAUAUCAUGCCUUGCUAUGACAUGCUGGGGCCUGCGCCAUCAACAGGUUUAAAACAGAGCUUUUACCACAAGAUCUAUCUCUGUAAUGACACGGAUGAAAUCCAGCUGUACUCAAUGUCCCUGCUGCAGUACCAGGUUGAGUUUAUCAAGGCAUCUACCAUGAAGGUGAAGGACCUGAUUCGUUUGGUUAAGCAUUGGUUCAGGACUUCAUUUGCUAAACCAACAGCACAAAAUAAGUAUGUAACUAACACUUGA